UACCAGUGUCAAAGGCGUAGAAAUGCACUGCAAGUGGCGUGUUUGUGUGUUCCUACGGAGCAUUUUGAGUCGUAAUAUUAGCCAAAGUAUGCACCAGAAUAAACGAAUUUCCUUGGAAAUAUCACCUACCCCAUGUAAUUAGUCACUGUGUUUCUAGGAAUCUGUUGAAUCCAUGUGCUAACGCGAUAUUUUACUUGUGAAAAUUGUGGUUACAGAGCUGUAGAAAGUGCUGUCUUUACUCGUUGCCCACCUCACAGGCUAUACGCGACAGUGCGCUUGCGCGUUGGCCCUAUGAAUAGUUCCGGUCGACUGUCGACUUGUGAAAUAGCCCUAGGCUGAUAUAACCUUAAAACAUAUUUUGACGUAAUAAUGCAUAUUUUACUCUUAUAUCCAAUUAAUUGAUGUUGACAUGUUUUUCUCUAUUUUGAAAGUACUGUACUACAGUCUAGAAAAAAAUAUAAAAGGUUGUGGACAUGGCCGCCGUUGUUGAAAUCGUGUCCAUUCUGGAGAGAACGGCAAUCACAAAGGAGGCUCUUGAGACCACAAGACUGGGAAGAUACAUUAACGAGCUUAGACGAAAAACCAGCAAUGAUUCGCUGGCCAGGCGCGCAAAGGACCUGGUUCGCCGCUGGCGUGACAUGAUCCUGCCUGCCAGCACAGAGCCACCUCCACCGCCACCUGUGGCCCAGAACGGCGCCUCGGCCACCAGUCGCCAGCCACCGACACCGGUGGCCAGCCACCUGUCGCCAGCCAGCAGUAACACCAGUCCCGUGCUGCUGCAGCAGGUGACCACCGAGACAGCUGUGCCGCGCACUCACGCCUCCAACAAGCGGCUGCGGAAAGAGGAUACCGCACCCCCCACGCCCGCCAAAAAGCCCAAACUCAAUGGCGCCUCCCUCCCUGUGCCUACCGUGCCCCCACCACAGCCCUCACCUCACGACCAGUGCACUGAAAUUGUAACAAUCGAUGAUGACGAUGUUCAGCCCCCUCCACAAUCAACAGACCCUGACUCAAAACUAUCUUCAUCCAAAACAAAGAAAUCCCGCCAAAAGGAUAAAAAGUCGUCAAAUCUUACUUCUUCCUCAUCAUCGUCGUCGGAACGACGGCGUAGUAAAAGUGAUAAAAAACGGUUAGGUGGAGAUGAUAUUUUAAAAGAGAAAAUCGCGUCAAUAGCAAGAACGCCGCGUGUGAAAACGACUCAGGAACUGGUAGCAGACCUGCGGUCGCGUCGCAACAGUGAGACUGCGCUUGUAGAUAGUGACAACGUUAAAGUGGCUGCAGCCAGUGUGUGUGAUGAGCUAGUGUUGUCGCGCAACAAAACCGAACAUUUAGAGAAGUUUUUGCGCUCCUCGCAGAAGCACGAGUCGGACGAAGACUGUGUGGUAGUUGUGGAUCUAGUGGAUGAAAGUGAGGGCACCAAGAAGAAGGGCGCAGAUGUGAAGGAGCGAUCAACCAAAGAUCAUAAACGAUCGAAACAGUCGUCGACGGCCGUGCUGGAAAGCGAAUCGACGAAUCCCGAACGAACAUUGCAGGAUAUCCUGAGUAGGCUGCCACCUCUCGAUGUGGACAGCAUAGUCUGGGACGAGAGUCCGCCUGUGUCGCCCCCUCCCCCGCGCCAAAUCACCAUCGAGGAUGUCGAUCGUCUGCACAACGAGAAUGUGGAGAAUCUGAAUGGCAACUACGACCAUGCACCUGUCGACAUCGAGCCCAACUCAAUGCCAACCCCUGCUAGCAAUGCCAAUUUUCGUCAAUGGCACGAAACUGUGUCUAGGACUUCUUACAAUGAUGAAUUAUUGCACAUACUGCCUUACGUUGUCAUUGACUGAUUACAGUGACAGCGUUAUCGAUGGCUUGUUUUCAAUUCCAAUAUCACAUUUGUAAUCACUAUCAACAGAAUUCUUUUUUAGUUUGUCUGCUGUGUACAGUCCACACAAAUCCCGGGAAUCGUGUUUCAAAGCUGUUCCUUUCUCAGUGAAAAGAUGCUUGAUGUUUGUCUUGAUUCCAAGACUUUAUGCUCUUUCAUACUCAAAAAUAAUGACAGAUGAUCAAAUUUGUAACUUUCCGCGUGGAUUUGUGGUAAUGACUACAAGGUCACAAAAGUUAUUCAGUAAACGAUGUGAUGUAUAAUUGAUAUCACUAGAGAUAACCUGAAACUGCUUCUUUCGAAGGCGAUUACAAAUUUGGUGCUUGAAUUCAGAACAAAUGUCUCGACAACAGAAAAUGUCGGGUUUUGUUAUGUUUAUGUUUGUUUGCUGCCAAAAAAAUGUUGUUUACAGCUGGGGGAGAUUGAGUUGAAUUUGAAUUCUAGAAUAAACGGCAACACUUGAGUAGCGUCAUAGCCACCUCUAAUACAAGGCCCCGGCCUUAAUGUAUAAUGUAUUAGAGGUGGCUAUGGUAGCGUUCAUUAUAUUAAUCGGGUGGAUUAUACAGUGGAAAAUGAUAGGCUACAUAGGAUUAUAAUGUAGUAACUGUCUCGCAAACGUUUUCUGUGUUAUAAUUUAGUAGCCAGGACAAGUUUGCUGUCUUGCGUGGCAAAUUAGACAAUUUUGCAUCGCUUGGAGGCUGAUUGCAUUAGAGUAUUUUCUAGCGAAGCUUUGUUCAAAAUUUAAGAGUGAUAAUUUCUCUUACUUACUCCAAUCUGAGCAUAAAAGCAGUGACACAUGCAGUGUUUAAUGUACAUCAUUUUCUGUUGCGUUUUAAUGAACUUUUUUUUACGCUCACAUGCUGUGUAACAUCAACCUCAAUAUCAGAAUGUGCUCUAAAGCUGUGUAACCAUUCUAAAAAAAUCGUCUGUAUGAACCAACUGGGCUAUACUAAUCACCCGAUCUCUAUAGUGGUCGCUACUGGGUACAUUAUCAACUAGUUCUUUGCUGCUAACGAGAAUAAAUAAUGUUCCAGUGACAUUUCCUGCAUUAACAAAAAUUAAACAUUGUAAUGUUCUAGUUCAAAUUUAAUUGUUGUCCUUAGUAAUGAAAAUUGUGCUAGAAUGUCUAAAAGCUAGUGGAGAACAAGUCAAUUCAAGUGCUACUAUAAUGUAAUUAAUUUUUAUUAUUAUUUUUCGGGAAUUGUAUGAUUUGUGUUUGAUUAUGUUUGUAGGGUGAUUUAUUUGGCAGAUAAUUAUAUUACUCUGGUGUCUUAGCUGCUUGAGACAUUUUAGGUGCUGUAGGGGAUUUACUUGGUUCAUUUAUUGUUAGAAACUUUUCCAUUGGUUUUCUUUUUUAUAAAGUGUUGUAAUUUUGUUUUUAGUUGUAUCAGAAUAUAAUUUAUAAUAAUUGUAAUUUUAAUCAGAUCUCCCCUUUGGGAGGUUCACUAUGUUUUCACGAUAUGGCUAUACGACAACUUUAAUUUAACGUCUCCUCACCACGAAAAGACCAGAAAAUAUUUUUAUUUUACUAUGAUCAACUGUCAAUUUCCAUUUACGAACUCAUAUUAAGAGGGCCUUUAUUAUGGAAUUAUAUUCUAUUUUUAACCAAACAUUGUCAAAUUUUUAAUGAAACGUUUUUAUUUUUAAUAUUAUUUUCAUCUUCAUUAGUUUCUUUAUGUCUUGAGUUUGUAACUCGAUUAUUAACUUAAUUGAAGAUUUAAAUUGAACUUGUUACUAGUAGGUUAACCUUGUUGAUGUAAUUUGUGUAAGUCAAGGAUGAUUUAUAUCAUGCGAAAUUGUAACUGAAUUGUAAUAUGCACAAUUGGAUUUGAUAAGACAACUAUUUGAAAAAAAAAAUUGUUGAUACGUUUUUAAUCGAACUCAAGCAGCUAAGAGCUACCAAAUUUUUGAAAAAGUCUUAACUACAGCUUUUUCUCCCAUGUUGAUUGAGUUACCUAAGAUGUAGUAAUUGAGCAAACUAAUUUCUUGUACGAUUUAUUUCGUCUGCUUGGAUUAUUGUGAUCAGUAUAAUGGUCAAUGCGUUGUAAAUAAUAAAAAAUAGAUUAAAACGGUAUAGAUACAAUAAAAUAAAUUUGGAGAAAAAAUAAUGAUGAAAAUUUGAUAAUGAGCGUAGUUUGUGAAUGGUGAGAAUUAAACUGAGUGCCUUAUGAUGAGUAAAUUCUUAUUUUAAUUGUUAUUUAUUUGAAACUUCCAUCGGCGUUAAAAGUUUGAACUUGAAUGUGCAUGUGGAAAUGUAAGUUUUUAGUAGUUCCUUUUCAAAAUGUUUCUUUCUAUUACAACUUUCCAAUUUAUUGUUUUCAUUUCAAUCGAUCAAAAGCACUUCAUUUCAAUAAGGUAAUGUUCAUCAUAUUUUCAGAUAUUUGAUAUCUGAUUUUUUAUCUGGCCUACCGUUUGUAAUAAUGGGACUAUAAACUUGAAAAAUAGUGGCGAUCUAUACGGUAACUAAUAAGAUACUGUACAUUCAAAAUUCUUGUAAUAACCGAACCUUUCCUCUCUCAAAACCAUCUUUGAUAAUAAUCAAUAAUAAUAUCAUGUAAGCUACUAAGUUUCUUGAAUAGAGAAUUAUAAUGAAUUCUUUCAUUCAAGAGCCCCCAUCUAACGUAAAUGUUUAAUGGAUUUGGUUCAAACCUAUGAUAAUCUAUUAAUGCAGCCCUACUUUGUGUCGACAGUUAAAGUAACUACAUUAAUGAAGCUGUUGAGUGAUUGAAUUUCUAAACGCGAUUACAUUUUUAAGAUGGUCCUCAACUUGAGAAAUGUUACUGAUAUAAUUGAGAAAUCCUUUAUCACAAGUAUCAGUGGAUGAUUUGAUAAUAUUCUGCGACUUGUUUAAUUUAUUAAUUUACUUUUGUGUAUUUCCAAAAUAUUGCUUUAGUGUCAAGACUGAAAAUUCGUCUUCCUAGACUCUUUGAAUCAGUUGUCUGAUUUUCAUUCCAAAACUAAUUUAUUUUGUAGAAAUUUAUAAAUAAUCUAAUGACACUGUAAAAUAACUUAAUUUCUGAUGAGAUCAUUUCAAUUCCUCUUGCAAAUUUAUGUUCCAAGUUACCACUCUCGGCUCAUUAUUAGUUUUUGGAAGAAUGAUGGUUCAAUCUGAGUUAACCAAAUUUAUAGUUACUACAAAAUUACUAUAAUUCCUAUAUUAUCUUCCCAGUAAUUGUGCGAAAAUUUCUACCCAGAAGUUCCUAUUGAUUCAUUUCGAAUAUCAAAACAAUUUGAGUCACCUGUCCAUUCAAUUCUGGGCCUUGGCCGUUUUUUUAAUCUAAAAUGUUUCAUAAAUAGUAAAGUUCGAAAUUCUAGAAUUGGACAAAAAUCUUGCCCAAAUUAAUCUUAAAUUGAAUUAACGGGAAUUUUUUCCCGUUACUUACAAUAUAUCACAUUGAUUUAUCUUCAACAUAUCUUCAAAAUUUCUCCAUUAUUAAAUCCAACAGUUAAAUUAAUAUGAUGUAUUUAUGAAUUGGCAAAGAAGACUUAGAAUUUUUUCGAUUAUUCAUGAAGUUUCUUUUAAAAAUGUCAAUUACAUUUUUUCAAUCUCUUUGAUUGCCAAUAUUUUAUUAUUUUGAUCACUAAAUAAGUUGAAUAAUAUAUCAUUUUCCAUUUGAUUUGUAUAAUACAAAUAAUUAUAAAGCUGAGGAUUACUCGUUCUCAUUCUAGUAAUUACCAUUAACUUCUGUACUAACUUAUUUGGCAAAGAUUUUGGAACUUCUUUGUUUUAUUUAAUUAAAACUAUGUGUUACAAAUACGUUUUGUCUAUUGAUGGUACUACAGAAUAAUUUCAACUCUGUAUUUUGUUUUAUGUUAAGAUAUAUUUUUAUAAGGUGAAUUUGAUGUAACACUCUAUUCUGUUUAUUGCUUCAUAAUUUUAUUAUAGACAUGAAAUUUUUUGAAAAAUUUAGUGUAAAUGAAAUUUGGAAGGAUUUUUCAUUUACAAGUGGUACUGUUAUGUUAGUGAAAUACAAGAAUGAGUCUAGAAAUGAUUACCAAGACUGAUUUCUAAUAAAUCUAGACGAUUUGUUAAUUUUCUAAUGCAAACUAACGCGUGUUUUCUACUCGAAAUUGAAAAUUGUGCAGUUUUUGUGUGUAUAUACUCCAUGAGAGGUACCUACCUUAUUAGAGCUGUUUGAUUUCCAAGGUGUUUUACAAAACAUGACUCUUGAAAAAUUACUAUGGUUUUGGUAAGCUAUAAAUUUUCAUAUAGGUCUCAAAUUGUUAUAAUCUUGAUUAUAGAAAGUUGAAUGUCAUUUGCUGGUAAUUAAAUUACGUGAAAUCCACUUGAAUAUGUGCAUUCCGAGAUACUAACAAUUAUAUUAUUUAUAUUGUUGCUGUUGAAAAACAUUUCAAUCGACUUGAUUGUAACAAAAUGUAUUCAAGAUUUUGAACAUCUUCUAUUUCGAAUUAGACACUAUUAUAAGCCACUAAGUUACAACAUGAUAUUUUCAAGAACAAAUCUUUUUGAAAUUGAAACAUACUCACCUGCCUAUAAUUAUCUUCUGUAGUCUUUCUUCUCUUUACAGUACAAUUGAUGGGGGUUUAGAGCAAAUAAUUAAUUUUUAUCUUUUAAAUCUUUUGGUUCAAAAUUAUUUAGAAAUUUGAGCAUUAUCUAGUCAAUAAGUUUCAAAUUGUAGUUUUAUGUGUAAUAUGAAAUUAAUGUCUUCAAUUUUCUCAAACUAUUUUCAUCAUAUUUGAGUUGAUAUUAGAAAACAUGGAAUUAUUCAAUUGAAACUAUAAUGUAAAACACCUUGAAUUUCAACUCGCAAUAAUUAUUGGUCUUUAAUCUUGUCAAUUGAGUUCGGUUUCCUGUGUAACCUUGAUCAGAACAAAUUAAAAUUCUCACUUGUAUUAUGAUAAAUUAUCGUGCCUUCUUUGUUUUGGACUUGUCCAGAUUGAGUUACUUUAUUACCGUAUCUUAGAGCAUUUCUCAACCAGUGGUUCUUGGAGCAUCUCUUGACAUGAACUGAAAUUUACUUAUUUUACAGAAUCAAUUUUGAUUUUAAAGGAAUUUAGUUUUUAUUGAUGGGUUUUAAAAAAAAUAUUCUUUUCCAUAUUCCAUUUUAUGUGAUUGGACAAAUCUGCUUGAUAUACGAGUAUCAUUUCCAGGAGAGAUAUGGGUCACAAAAAUUAAACCCCUUCAAAGUUGGGUCUCCAAAAAACGUAGAUUGAGACUUAUAUAUGUCUAGCUCCAUAUUUGUCCACCUCUAGUAGGUUACUUGUGACUGUGAAAGCACUCUAACAGUGUAUCUUCGUUUGAAUAACAAGCAUUCACAUCAUAACUGCUGAAGUAGGCUACGGGAAUUGACAUAAAAGAUGAUUUGAUAAUUAAAAAUACUAGAUUUUUAAUAAUUAUUUUUAACAGUUUCAUAUGUUUCUUACAGUCAAGUUUCACCCUUCUAAUUUCAGGUUGAAUCUGUUGUGUACUUUUAUGCCGAAGUAAGCUUAUUCAGGUAUAGGCUAAUUAAAACUAAUAAGACCAGUUCCAUGUGUAAUAAUUUAUUUUCUGUUGAAUUAUUUUAUUAGUUGCUCUUUUAUUCCUUUCAAUUAUUAGUCUGUUCAAAAUAAUUAGUUUUGAAGAAGAGAAAACGAGAGGCCAUGUUUUUAUUAGUGCACUAAGUUGGUAUUGAUUAACCGUUGAUAUCACUAUACGUUAUUCACGUUUGUAAUUGUAUUAUAUUAAAGCAUGAUAAAAUAUGCUCACUAUAGAUUGUAAAUACUGAUGAAAAUAAUUGAUGAGUUAAUAUAUUUUAUGAUUUUGUUUCAUUUUGUAAUUUGUACAUUUUGGAAAAGUCUCGUAUUUACGUGACUGUAAAAGUGAUAUUGAAAUAUAGAGAAAUUCUAUAAGUA